CCUCGGGAGCACUAGGACCUGGAGGCGAGGGCUCUCCGCUGCCGCAAAGCCCGGCCAACAGGCUGGUGGAAAGAAAGAAGGGAGGAGAGAAGCCCUUGAAGAAGCCCUUGGCAAAGUGUCCCGGCCCCUGCCUGCAUGAAUCCAGCAGUGAAGUGAAUCAGUGAGAAUUCACAAGGAGUGAUCUAGUCUGACAGACUUGUGCAAGGUGCCAUAAUGACAGGAAGUAGCCCUCCAGACAGGUACAAGGGUGUUUGGCUGAUCUUUUUCAUACUUGGCCUUGGGACACUUCUGCCAUGGAAUUUUUUCAUGAAUGCUACACAGUACUUUACUGACCGCCUAAAGGAGGAUGCUUCUGUCGAUCGCUAUAACAACUUGAAUGUCACAGGGAAGGGAACUGUCUUUCCAACGCAAACAGCAUCCCUAUUCAACAAUGCUUCCCAUCUCAGCCAUGCCAAUGCAAGUGCCACUGGGAAGACGGAAGUCCCUCCCACACAUCUGGUUGCCAUAUUCAACAACAUGAUGACACUCUGUGCCAUGUUACCUCUACUCAUCUUCACCUGCCUCAACUCCUUCAUCCACCAGAGGAUCCCUCAGCAGGUGCGCAUCUUGUGCAGCCUGGCUGCCAUCUUCUUGGUCUUCAUGCUAACAGCUAUCCUGGUCAAAGUCCCCAUGGAACCCUUGACAUUCUUCAUAAUCACCAUGGUCAAGAUAGUUUUCAUCAAUUCCUUUGGUGCCAUUCUCCAAGGCAGCCUCUUUGGAUUGGCAGGACUCCUGCCUGCCAGUUACACAGCCCCUAUUAUGAGCGGGCAAGGCCUCGCAGGGACAUUUGCAGCUCUGGCCAUGAUCUGUGCUAUUACCAGUGGCUCUAAACUGGAAGACAGUGCCUUUGGUUACUUUAUCACAGCCUGUGUGGUGAUCCUGAUGGCCAUUGGUUCCUACAUUUUAUUACCUCGUCUGGACUUCUUCCGUUAUUACUCUAUGAAGGACAAGACAGAGUAUCGGGUCCAUGAGAAGCACUCUGAAGUGGAAACCAAAGUCGAUCUCAUAAAAAAAGAUGAACCAAAUGGCAUAGAAGUCAAAGACACUAUAAAUGGAGCCUCCCAUGCACCUCAGCCCAACUCCUCAGUCCUCAGCAUCUUCAAAAAGAUCUGGGUCAUGGCUGCUUCUGUCUGCUUUGUCUUUACUGUCACUAUUGGAGUCUUCCCAGCCGUCACAGUUGACACAGCAUCAACUGUUGCAGCACAGACACUCUGGGGUGUUAAGUAUUUCAUCCCAGUCUCCUGUUUCCUGGUGUUUAACAUCUUUGACUGGGCAGGACGGAGCCUUACAGCGGUCUGUAUGUGGCCCGGAAAGGACAGCCGCUUACUACCCUUCAUGGUGAUUGCGCGUGUGGUCUUCAUCCCCCUCUUCAUGCUGUGUAAUGUGCAGCCACGCAAGAACCUGCCUGUCAUCUUUGCCCAUGAUGCCUGGUACAUCAUCUUCAUGAUCUUCUUCUCCUUCUCCAAUGGCUACCUGGCCAGCCUCUGCAUGUGCUUUGGACCCAAGAAGGUGCUGUCCCAUGAAGCAGAGACUGCAGGAACGAUCAUGGCAUUCUUCCUCUCCUUGGGGCUAGCCUUGGGAGCCAUCUUCUCCUUUCUGUUUAGAUAUAUUGUCUGAGAGAACCUAUUCAGAACCAUCUGUUCAGAAGCCAUAGUAUGAUGGAAGGUUUGUCGCCUGCUUCCCAAGAACUUGCUGACUUGAGUUCUUUUUAGCUUGGAAAAGCGGGUUCACACCUGCUACAGAGACAAGCUUGCUCAUAUGCCGAGUGAUACCCCACUACUGCCAGCUAUGUGUGACCUAUCCGCAUUACGCCAACCUUUCUGUGUGCUGCCUCCCAAAUGCAGUAUCAUUCAGCUUGCUUACUCUGAGCAGAGACUUCUGCUCUGGUUUGUUUACAUUGUCAAACUCUAUUACCAGGCAAAAGGGAUUUGCUCCCCAACAUCGUCACUGCCACCUUAAUCAAGACUGCCAAACCUGCUAAUACUCAGAUGGACUAGCUUUGUGUGCUCAUGUUUCAUUAGUAUCUGCUCUAUUGUUCAAGAUGGAAAAUCUCAGAAUUAUGGCAAUGCCACCAAAACAACAGAUAUCUCCUGAGCCCUAUCUUUGGAAGGCAGUCCUCCUAGGUUGUAUUUCUGGCAUGCCCAAACGUUCCUCCUGCCUGAUUUCUAUCCUUGAAGAGAUCUAGGUAAGAGCAGCAGCUACAGGUGACAUCCCUGGCCUAUAUUUAGUAGGGGUGUGUGUGUGUGUGUGUGUGUGUGUAUAGAUAAGUGGUCAUAACUAUGAAGACCACUACUCAGCAAAGCGCCUUGAAUUGCUCCCCAUUAUUUUGCCUUUGUAAAUAUGUAUACAUUUUUUGCAUACAAACGGAACAUAUCCUGAUUUCUUAAACUCCUACUGUGUCUUUUCACAAAUUGCUACAAGCGUUGCCUCAGGCAGCAAUGAUGGAAGAGCACAUGCCUCAUUUGACAUAAUGGAAAUUCAGGUGAUACAAAAGUGGUUGGCCUCUGAUGGUUCAGAGUAAAGGUGAAAGGCACUUGCAGUCAUUUUCCUGCUUUUGGUGGAGAGGAGGGCAUUUUUGAAUCAUAAAGCUCAGGAUUUCUGUUAUUUUAUUUUUCAUCUGUCUAAAAAUGGCAAUGCUUGUGAUCUUUCUUUAAGGAAGCAAAGCUCAUAAGACAUAUAUAACUAAGUGAAAAAUUAAAGUAAAUUUUUUUUAAA